CAGUGUCGUCAUUGGUCGUCAUAACCUCACAUUUGGAGCAGGUGGAGGAUUUGUUUGGGGAAGGAAAUAUCCAGGAAACCACAGUAUGUCCACAAGAUGACUGAGUCGUUCUUGGGUGAUUUACGUGCAAAACUCGAGCAGUUUUGCACGGCGCUCACGAAUCCGGACAGGAGAGUGCGUCAGAGGGCUCUUCAGGGAUUGCUGGAGUUGUGCCAAUCGGAUGAAGUGAAUCCGGAGAAUGCCACAGACGUCUUCGACUACAUCUAUCUGCACAUUCUCAAGUGCUACAGCGAUAAGUACGAGAGUUGUCGCACAGUGGCAGUUUCUGUGGUCUCGGAGAUGCUACAGAAGCUUCCGGAGAAUGAAUUCUAUCUGUCCUACGUGAUUCCCACCAUUGCCAGAAGAAUUGGGCAGAAGGAAUUGGUGGAGGAGUCUGAGGAGUUGCGUUUGCAGCUGCUUGAACAAACCACUGGAAUUGUCGGGAAGUAUUCGAUGCGAAAUCCUGCCUUCGCCGGGAAGGAUCCUCUCCUGAAGGCCUACAAUGAGAUUGUGGACAUUCUCCUAAAGACCCUCACGGACUCCUAUCCAAGCAUUCUGCGUCAGAGCUGCGUUCUCAUCGGAGAACUGAGCGUCGCCACGCAGAGUUUCCACUACAGAGCGGAAGUCUUGACGAAUCCUCUGCUGGCACUUCUCAAGCAUCGACACUCCCCCAUCCGGACAGCAGCUGUGGAGACCCUGGGAAUUGUGGCACUACAUAUCACCACGAAUACCGACUGCAUCGUGAAGAUUAUCGUGGAACUCAGCAGAUUCCUCAUGGAUGACUCCCCGAAUGUUCGUCGGGAGUGCGGCAGAGUGGGCUGUCGCAUGCUGCUGGACCUCCGGGAUCGCUAUGGACUGUUCGACAGGAUCCUGCCACUCGUUUUCGGUGGUCUGAGCGACGAGAGUCCCGAAGUGGCACUGGAAAUUGCUGAACUGUGGGAAAAAUGCGGCCAGAAGUUCUACGCUGAGAAUGAGAAGGAACUCAUGAGGAUUGCUCUGGUCGAUAGUGCUGGAGAAAACUAUCCGGAGGAGUGGAGAAGACCCACGUUGGGAUGUCGAGCCAUUGCCCAGCGUGGCUUCAAGAUGAUCAACAUCAUUCUGCACGAGAUGGAGGAGUGGAAGGAAGAAGUUCGUCUGCACGCCACACUCUUGCUCACCCAAACUGUCCUGCAUGCUGAGAAGGCCAUUCUGCCGCACCUGUCGGACAUCUAUCCAGUUCUGGCGAAGACGUGCAUGGAUGAGAAUCGCUGGGUGGCUUCAGAAGCUGUGCGAGUGGCUAAAUUGAUGGGAAGUCUUGUUGAUUACAGCGAUUGGAGCUCCAGAGCGAUGGAAUGUCUGGAAAAGUGGCCAAAUCUUGGGUAUCUCAAGUGCUUCAUUGCGAUGUUUGUCGGCUCUGGGCCAGAGAAGUGGCAAGACACAGCUAAAAUCGCUCAACUUCUCAUCUCUCUGGCUAUGAAUCUCGACUACAACUUCCAAAACCACCUGCUGAUGAUCACCGAAAUCCUCGUGAGAGAGUAUCAAGUCCGUGGCCAAGAACAAGCUGAGAUUGAGAGAAGUUUGUAUCGAACUCUAGUCACAAUUCUCGCCCUCAGCGAAGAGGAAGCCAUCCAGGAGAAGAUCGAAGAUGCCCUGGAAGCCUUGGCGCAGCCAUCUCAAGGGAAUGUGAAUGUCUUGCAUGUGAAGCAUCUCGAGAGCGUUGUGUCAUCCAUCGAAGAUCUCGACAGUACAAAUUCCGAACGAGCUGAGCCCAUUCUCUGUCUGUACGGUCUUCUGGCGCACUGUGGCUUCCACAUCCCAGCCUUUUCGGCACUCCAGGAAGCCGUGGAGACUGUGAUGACUCUUGGAUCUCCAGAGGCGAAGGUGAAGAUCCUCUGUGGCGUGUCCACGGCCAUGUUGAAGUGGCGCGAAACGAUUGUCACGAGUCUGGAGGGAAGAGUGGCUCUGCUGAGGGGAUUUCUCGACACCAACAUCGUGCCUGGACUCGUGUGGAAGGCGGGAUUCAGUGCGGAAUCCAUUCGUGCAAUGUGCGUGACUGUUGUGGCUGCGGCAGCUCGUGGAGCGGAUGAGGAGUGUUUCGUGAUCAUUCCUGAAAUCGCUGAUCAUCUCAUAGCUCUCUUGGAUGACAAUCUCGUUGUGAUUCGGAAGUACGCUUUGGCUGCCUUGAUGGCAUCUGGGCCACUGCCUUAUGAGCCACUGAGACUCAUGGCUUUCGGCUUCCUGGCCAGAUUCGAUGAUCCCAGUGCGGAGAUUCGAUGUGCCGCAGCUGCGGCGCUGACGACGUUGAAAUUAAAGGCGGGAUUGGAGAUUGGUCAGGCGGAUGCGUGGCGAAAGGUGGUGAAGGAGAUCUUUGCGAAGAUUCUCAUCCAUCUGGAUGAUCCGGAUGAGCGACUGAAGGCUGAAUUAUUGGAGACGGCGAAAUCCCUGGGGAGAGAUCACCUGGCGGAGUUCCAUGAGGUCUUCGGUGGCAUUCCAGAGAGCUGCGCUCAUGCCAACGAAGUGAACGACCUUCGUGCGGCGAUUGAGAAGUUAUCACUGGAGAAGUGUGCUUGA